UCUUCCUAUCCUACUUUUUUAUAUAACAAACCUCCAUUAAUGCAUCCCAACAUUCUUUAGCAUUAAUUAGGCCCUCAAUCCCCGCUAAAAAUCAUGCCCUUCUUUCCUCUCCUCUCCUUUCUCCUCCACCUCUUAACCAUUGCUCUCUCCGCCACUCCACCGUACAAUGCCAGCGAACAAAUCUUCAUCGACUGCGGCUCAAAUGACUCGCGCACACCCAUUUAUAGCAACCUUUUCUGGAAAAGCGACACUUUUGUGCCAAACAUCGACACAGUGUCUAUAGCCGGACCCAAAUUUCUCCGCCUCCACUUCAAUGCUGCCACCUACUCCUCCUCCAUCCUUGAUAAAAACAUAUCCUUCAACAUAAAUGAAUCCAUUUUUACAGUUACUGCCAAUGAAUUCACACUUUUGCACAAUUUCACACCCUCUAAACCCUCAUUUAAGAAAGAAUUCAUCAUUAAUGUGGAGGAUAAUCAGAUUCUUAACAUAACCUUUUCACCUUCUCCAAAAUCUCACGCGUAUAUCAAUGGGAUUCAAAUAGUUUCGAUGCCACACAACCUUUACUUCCCUGACUUCCCCAUCAAAUUUGCGAAUCGAUCGUAUGAUCUAAAAAAUACAUCCGCGUUGGAGACUCUUUAUAGGCUUAAUGUUGGAGGCUGUCAUAUCAAAAUAAAAGAAGACACAGGGAUGCUUCGUGAAUGGCAUCAGGAUGACAGCUAUAUUUCUGGUGGAGAUCUUAGUUACAUGCCUCACGCAGUAAAUCUUCCAAUCAAUUACACGGAACACACUCCAGCUUAUACUGCGCCGGAAAUAGUUUACACGACCUCAAGGGUAAUAGCCAACGGAAACAAAAGUUUGGAAUGGAGUUUUCCUAUUGAUUCCGGGUUUCACUACCUCCUCAGACUCCAUUUCUGUGAGAUUCAGCUGGCAGUUACCAAUCAAAACGAAAGGGUUUUCACAAUUUCAAUCAACAAUCAGACAGCAGAAAUUGAAGCCGAUGUUAUUUUCUGGACUGGGGGCACUGGAAUUCCUUAUUUCAAAGACUACGUCACAUGGGUUAGUGAUGACGACCGCCAUGGAGAGAAAGACCUGAGGCUUUCUUUGUUCCCAAACCUUAUUUCCCAGCCUAAGUACUCCAGUGCGCUCUUAAAUGGCUUGGAAAUCUUCAAACUCAGUGAUUUUAAACGUAGUCUUGCAGCACCAAACCCUGAACCUAUACCGUUGGCACUGGACAAUAAGCCCCAACGAUCAACUUUGCUUUAUUCUGUUAUCGGGAGUGUGACUGGAAUUCUUGCUGUACUCUUAUUCAUCAGCUUCUUGAUUUUCCAGCUCCGCCGGAGAGUGAAAGACUCUGGCUCAAAUGCCACGACGUCAUCAUGGAUCUCACCUUCACUCACGUCAAAAUCAACCUCAAAGACCAGUGGUUCGGGUUCAUCGCUACCGUCUGAUCGGGGCCGACACUUUGUGUUGGAGGAGAUUAAAUUUGCGACGGAUAACUUUAAUGAGAGUUUUGUGAUUGGAAGGGGAGGAUUCGGUAAUGUAUAUAAAGGGUACAUUGACAAUGGUGCAACUACGGUUGCCAUCAAGCGACUGAAUCCAUCAUCGAAUCAAGGGGCACGAGAAUUCAAAACAGAAAUCCAAAUAUUAUCAACAAUGAGGCACCUUCACUUGGUGUCCUUGAUUGGAUAUUGUGAUGAAAAUGGUGAGAUGAUCUUGGUGUACGAUUACAUGCUAAAUGGUACAUUACGUGAUCACCUCUGCAAGACUAAGAAUUCCCAAUUACAGUGGAAGAAUCGUCUCCAAAUUCUCAUUGGUGCAGCGAGAGGAUUAGAUUAUCUUCACACAGGCACCAAGCAUGUGAUUAUUCAUAGAGACGUUAAGUCGACCAACAUCUUGUUGGAUGAGAAAUGGGUUGCAAAGGUGUCUGAUUUUGGCUUAUCCAAAAUUGGCCCCACAGCUAGCACCACCUCCCAUGUCAGCACAGAGGUAAAAGGUAGUUUCGGUUACUUGGAUCCAGAGUAUUACAAGAACCAACAAUUAACACAUAAAUCCGACGUUUACUCAUUUGGUGUAGUCCUAUUUGAAGUAUUAUGUGCGAGACCUCCCAUUUUUCCAGACACAUCGAAUAUCCAAGUGAAUUUGGCGGAGUGGGCUAAAAUUCGUUGUAAGAAAGAGACUCUUGAGCAAAUUGUUGAUCCCAAUCUUGAGGGACAAAUUGCAUCGGAAUGUUUGAGCAAAUAUGCUGAAAUUGCUAUUAGAUGCUUGGGAGAUAACCGAACUGAACGACCAUCAAUGAGUGAUGUGGUUUGGAGAUUGGAGUAUGUAAUGCAGCUGCAGGAGGCGGCCGAGAACGGAAAAAAAUGACUUGCCGAUGUUCCCAUUGUAUCCAUUAUUUCUGCAAGGAGAGCCACCCGCACAGACGAAAUAUUUUCUUGCUCCGAGGAUGUUACCUCAGAGCGUUGCUAGCAGCAACAUUUUGAAGAGCAUUAGUACAUUUACUACUAUAUGUCACACACAGACACAGUCUGGGACUGUUUUCUAUAAAAUGAUGAAUCCAAUAGGGCCCUAGGUUUUCCAUUUUCCUUGUUGUACCAAAUAUAACAAUGUUAGAAAGUCAAAGUUGUCCACUACAAAAGAACACAACUUCAUUUUUGCCGAGGGUUGAGAAACAACAUAAAGAACAAGAACACAAUAUACGGUUACAUCAACCCAAAAUCUCUGAUUAACAACAUAUUCUUCACAUUUUAAGAGUGCUUCAAUUACAUGUACUAAGAAUAAUGAGUUGGCAUCAAAAA